GGUGACUUAUUAUGUCAUAACAAAUACUAGUUGACGGAUCAUCUGUUCUCUGUUUUGGAGCUCAAUCAUUGUUUUGAAAACAUGUAAUUUAAAGAUAUUGCAGCUAUUUUAUAGUCAAAGCAUAUAUUUUAAAGUAUGGAUGAAGAGGGCAAGUUGCCUUUGAAGAGAGUAGAGCUGUCGUUGUCAAAGUUUAACGAAGUUGCUAUUCCACACCAUUUAGAUUUACUGCGCCAGCACAAAGCGAACAUUUUAAAGUAUGAAGAGUUGGGCGACUAUGCACGUGUGCGCUCGGAGCAGGCGCACGCGCGGCGCGUGGCGUCGCAGCUGCGGUCGCUGCUCGGCGAGCUCGAGGCACUGCGCCGCCAGGUGCGGACGUCCGAUUGCACCAAAUUCGACCAGAUGACUCAGCGCUCCAGAGAUCUUACAUUGAAAGCUAUCAUGGACUACCUAGGAGUUAUUGAAAGAAGUUGCAUUGCGAUUAUUGACACGCACAAGACACGCGCGCGCCCGUUAGAAACUAGCCCCUUAUCUAUAAACCGUGUGCCCAUCCCCGAGCCAGACGCUUCUGGAAGCGUAGUUUCCUCAGAGUCGGUCGGCAUCAUACCGGAGCAGAUCCAACUCCAAGUCGAUGAGCACGAGGUGUCGCUGCGCGAGCGCGAAGCGCUGCUGGCGGGCUGGAGCGCGCUGCAGGGCGAGGUGCGCGCGCUGCACGACGCCUGGCAGCACGUGCAGGCCGCCGCGCUCGCGCACCGCGACCAGAUAAACUCUUCGGCGCAGAACGUGGAAAUAGCGGCAGACAACGUGCAAGAGGCGCGGUCGCAUCUCGCCAGUGCUGAAAAGUUGCGGCUGGCGACGCUCGGGCUGGGCGGCAUGCUGGUGGGCGCGCUGGCGGGCGGCCCCGUGGGGCUCGCGCUCGGCGCCAAGGCGGGCGCCGCCGCCGCGCUCGCCGGCUCCGCGCUCGGCUACAUGGGCGCUGCGCUGCUGGGCCGCCGCGCGCGCUCCGCCGCCGACACCGACGCGCCGCCCCGCGCCGACACCGACGCGCCGCCCCGCGCCGACACCGACGCGCCGCCCCGCGCCGAUGCGGGCGAUCCCCAAGAGAAGAAGUACCGCUAGCGAUCGCGAUGCGUUUGCGUGUAAAUGUUUAUGUAUGCCCUAAAUCAAUAUCGUCGGUACUCAACGUGAUGAAUGCAAAUUUUUAGCAAAAGUGGCUCGUCUGAUCUACUACAGAAAUAAAAUGUCAUGUUAUUUGUUCACUGUAUCAUCUGUUUUAUUACUAUUUUAUACCACAUGGCACAUACGUAGAAUUAUAAUUGGACUCCUGUGUAUGUUUUGAACGACUGUAUUAUUCACUCGAGAAUGUCUUUUCUCGAUUAAUAUAUGAUUUUGUAAAAUCUAUCUCAAGAGAUUGGUAAUAAAAUUGUUAUCAUCAUCUAUUUGCAAUUUGACGCAUUAUUUUUCGGUAGAUUAAAAUUUACAACUAUUUUUCGAAUUGAAAUCGUUAAAUUGUGAAACGGCAUUCUACGAACGCAUUUCUCACGCAGUACGAUAAGGUACUGACAACCAAUUUGCAUUAAGAAAGCAUGCAGUACGCAAACGCAUUAUUCUGUGAUAGUAAAAAUCAAUAAAAAAAAAAAAAUAAAAGAAUAAAAUCUUUUUAUGUAAACAAUUUUUGUACAUAAAUUAAAAAUAAUUGAAAUAAUUAUAACGCAAUUAUAAUGUAAUAGUGUUUAAUUACGAACCUGGGCUAUUGCCACUAAUUGCAGAAUUUUUAUCAAUGGUCCUAGUUCGUGCGGUUUAGGCAAUUUACUUUUAUAUAUUUCUUUAAAAAAGGCUGUGAGACAGCCCACACAAAACAAUAGGUAAACGAGUGCUGGCAAUUGGCAUCAAAAAACCUAUUCUUAACUUCUGCGCAGGAUCGACCAGCGGCAAAAAAUUGCCGAAAGUUAUAAUUUAAGAAAUAAUGCACAAUUUCACUGUUUUUUUUUUCAUAAGUACAUUAUUAUCAUUGUAAAUAAUUAUGUAGUUUUAAAUAAUUCAGGGUUUUUCAGUAGAAUAAAAUAUACAAUAAAUCUUAAGAAACAAGUUUGUUUCAUUUUAUUUUUCUCAAACUGAGUAUUUACAUAUAUUUAAUUUCUAUGUAAGUUGUGUCUUUGUCUUGAAAAUAAUGUGCUUUUCAAGCUAGUAUAGUUAUAGCUGAUUUUUACGUAUGUAUUAUUUUCCUGAUUUAUAUAUUUUAAUUAUUUUAACUAGUCAAGGCUCCCUUCUCAUAAUUUUAUAGCGUCUAC